GAGUGAGCGGGCUGACGCACCCGCGGCAGCGUGGCUCAUCAGGACUUUGACUUCCAGGAAGAGAAAGAAAAGUACAUAAAGUUUUCCAGAAUCCGGAGGGAUUUUUAUGGUUCUGUUGACGCCGUCAGACCGAACCGGGGACGGGAUGACUGACCUGUCGAUUUCCGUAGCGGUGCUCGCGGCUGUGGUGUUCCUCUGUGAGGCGAUCCGCCGCGCGGCAGCGCGUCUCCUCCGCGGAGUUUAUUGGGUUUAUUUGCUGGAAACCGUUUCCACCUUCCAGCUCUGCUGCUGCUCGCAUGAACUCAACCUGCUUAGUGUGAAGACCCAGCUGGAACCAACGGUCAGCGUGGCCCUCACGUUCACCAUCACGGUUAUCCACUUAUCAACGUUCCGGGAAGCGACGUGUAACCCCAACGCGGCUCUGGAGCGCGUUUACCGAAGGAGGGGGAGAGACGUCCCGGCGGCGGCCGUCCUCCUGGCCCUCCAGUUCGGAGCUGCGGUUGCCGCGCGGCACUUCGCAGCCUCCGUGUGGUCGCUGGGUCUGUCGGACAUGCACACUCAGCACCGAAACCUGGGCUUCCAGUGCUUCGAACCCCUCGGUGGGACCGUCCUGGAAGCUGCGGCUGUCGAGUUCGCGUGCGCUUUCACGGUGCAGGCUGCGGCCAUGCACGUGCACGACCUGGACCCAAAGCUCCGCGUGCCCUUCUUCGCUGCUGUCAUCACGGCGCUGGUAUACACAGGUGGAGGUGUUUCUGGGGCAUUUUUUAACCCAGCAUUGGCCUUCUCCAUCCAGUUCCCUUGCAGCGGUCACACACAGCUGGAGUACUGCUUCGUUUACUGGCUGGCACCAGUUUUAGGGAUGGCGAGCUGCAUCCUGCUGCUUGAGAAGAUCAUCCCUUUCACUUCUGGAAAAAGCACCACUGAGCUGAACGGGUCUGCUGCACAGAAACAGAAGACACAGUAGAUUUAAAAGCAGCAUGUGUGUUUUGAAGCUCUUUAUUCCAUUUGUGUGGAUAAAUAAUUACAGUUUUCCUACUUGAUGCACAAGAAUACAGUUUUGUUCUGCAGAUGUUUGCAGGAUUUAUGAAACUCAGGGCCUACAAUGCUAGCCUGGUACUAUUUUCUCUCCUCAACCUGGUAAAAAUCAGCUUUUUGUGCUGCUGAGAGGAAAACAUGCAGCACACAUUAAUCAGAACAAGUGCUUUAGUUCAUCACGUGAAUUCAAUUCAACUUUAUUUAUAAAGCGCCAAAUCACGACAAGAGUCGUCUCAAGGCACUUCAUGUAAUAAACAUUCCAAUACAGGUCAGAUCAUUAAGCCAAUCAGAAAAAAGUUUCGUAUAUAAGGAACUCAGCAGGUUGCAUCGAGUCACUGACUAGUGUCAGUGACUUUACAGAAAUCCUCAUUCUAAGCAAGCAUGCAGCGAUAGUGGAGAGGAAAACUCCCUUUUAACAGGAAGAAACCUCCAGAGGAUCCUGGCUCAGUAUAAGCAGCCAUGCGCCACGACUCACUGGGGAUCGAGAAGACAAGAGCAGACAAACGCACGUGUCAGAUUUAGUGAUGCAGGCUUGUUCUCUUCUAAAGCCAGGCUGAAAGUGGGAGGAUAAAAAAUAUUUCACCCACCAUAAAACUAAUUAAUAAAAUCGUGCGAUUUGUUUUUGAUCUAAUAAAUAAAAAUGCUGGAUGAAGGCAGGGGCGGAUUUAGGACUGAAGAAGAUCCGGGGCGUAAUGCGUGUGCGUGCACGCACAUACAGUCUUUUCAUAAAACAUUCGGGGCUUGAGCCCAAGUAGCCGGGCCUAACACCACCCCUGGAUGAAGGUUUGCAGCCACAACUUUCAGGUAUGAUGACAAAGCCAAUCAUUUUAUAGAUUACAUUUGAGUUGUAUGUUCACUGAUUUAUUUUCUUUAAUUGCUCGAAAUUAACAAGAAGCAUUUAUAUAAAAUAUAAAAAUGCACAUUCCAAAUGGCACAUUUACUCUUAAAUAGAUACAAGAAUAUUUUGUACUUUAUUUUCCUGCAACAUUGUUAAUUUAACUAUUGAAAAGGCACAAAUCUUUGCUAGUAGCAACCGUUUCAGUAUAAUAUUUUUAUUAGCUCAAAAGUCACAAUGACUUCAUCCUGGCAGAAUUAAAUGCAGAGUCUUGUCUAUUUUGUACUCAAAAUGUUUGCUUUUCUACGUUAUGAUUAAAAGACAUUCGUAUUAAGUAAAGUAUUUUGAUUAAUGUGAAUAAGCAUGUUUUCCAUUCAUUGUUAUGUUUAAUAAAUUAUGUAAAUGUGUUUUUCAUUGAUUUCACACAUCAGUGCUGCUCAGGUCAGUUUCUAACUGAAAGAAAUAAUAAAACUAAAUAUUCUGAAUUCUCA